CGGAGUCGAGCGCGCCCGGCAGCGGAGUGGCCCGCGCGCGCGAUCGCGGGGGACCGAGACGGACUACAGCGAGGCCCGGAGGAAACCAGAGAUGUCCCGUGUGCGCCGCCUUCUGCUCGGAUACCUGUUCCCAGCCCUUCUGUUGCAUGGGCUAGGAGAGGGCUCUGCCCUCCUUCAUCCGGACAGCAGAUCACACCCUCGGUCCUUAGAGAAAAGCGCCUGGAGGGCUUUCAAGGAGUCACAGUGCCAUCAUAUGCUCAAGCAUCUCCACAAUGGCGCACGGAUCACAGUGCAAAUGCCCCCAACCAUCGAGGGCCACUGGGUGUCCACAGGCUGUGAAGUGAGGUCGGGCCCAGAGUUCAUCACAAGGUCUUACAGAUUCUACAACAAUAAUACCUUCAAGGCCUACCAGUUUUACUAUGGCAGCAACCGCUGUACAAAUCCCACUUACACUCUCAUCAUCCGAGGCAAGAUCCGCCUUCGUCAGGCAUCCUGGAUCAUCCGUGGGGGCACUGAGGCUGACUACCAGCUUCAUGGCGUCCAAGUCAUCUGCCACACGGAGGCAGUUGCGGAACAACUCAGCCGUCUGGUGAACCGAACUUGCCCAGGCUUCCUGGCUUCUGGUGGUCCCUGGGUACAGGACGUAGCCUAUGACCUGUGGCAGGAGGAGAGUAGUCACGAGUGCACCAAGGCUGUGAACUUUGCCAUGCAUGAGCUGCAGCUCAUCCGUGUGGAGAAGCAAUAUCCCCACCAUAGCCUGGACCACCUGGUAGAGGAGCUCUUCCUGGGCGACAUCCACACUGACGCUACCCAGAGGGUGUUCUACCGGCCAUCCAGUUACCAGCCUCCCCUGCAGAACGCCAAGAACCACAACCAUGCGUGCAUAGCCUGCCGCAUCAUUUACCGGUCCGAUGAACACCACCCUCCCAUCCUGCCCCCCAAGGCUGACCUGACCAUCGGCCUCCACGGGGAAUGGGUGAGCCAGCGCUGUGAGGUACGCCCGGAAGUCCUCUUCCUCACCCGCCACUUCAUCUUCCAUGACAACAACAACACCUGGGAAGGGCAUUACUACCACUACUCGGACCCCGUCUGCAAGCACCCCACAUUCACCAUCUAUGCUCGAGGCCGCUACAGCCGCGGUGUGCUGUCAUCUAGGGUCAUGGGUGGCACAGAAUUUGUGUUCAAAGUGAAUCACAUGAAGGUCACUCCCAUGGAUGCAGCCACAGCCUCUCUCCUCAAUGUCUUCAGUGGGAAUGAGUGUGGGGCUGAAGGCUCCUGGCAGGUGGGUAUCCAGCAGGAUGUGACACACACCAAUGGCUGCGUGGCUCUGGGCAUCAAACUACCUCACACAGAGUAUGAGAUCUUCAAAAUGGAGCAAGACGCCCGGGGCCGCUACCUGCUAUUCAAUGGCCAGAGGCCCAGCGAUGGUUCCAGCCCAGACAGACCGGAGAAGAGAGCCACAUCCUACCAGAUGCCCUUGGUCCAGUGUGCCUCUUCCUCACCGAGAGCUGAAGACUUGUUGGAAGACAGUCGAGCCCAUCUGUAUGGCCGAGCAGCAGGGAGGACAGCUGGGUCCCUGUUGCUUCCUGCCUUUGUCGGCCUUUGGACUCUACCACAUUGGCGCGUCCUCAGAUAGAAGGCGUUUUCUAAACCAAGACCAUGUAUGACUUUUCUUCACACAGAGAAAGGACAGUGAUUCUUUGGAUGCACUUGAAUGCCUGAGAUCUGCCGUUGCCUCUCCUCAUUCCCCCCUUCCAGCCUCUGAGUCAGUCGCGAGCAGAAUGUUUGACGUUUCAGCUCUGAAUUUCUUCCAGCCUGAUCCGUGGCCUGAGAACUUCAUAGCCAUGAUUGCACUUUAAGUGGGCAGAGAACUGGAGCUAGUGUGUGUAGCAGUGGCAGCAAGGGUGGCAGCGAGGGUGGCAGCUGCCGCCUUCCAUCCGUCCCCUGACUCCCGCCUAUAUUUCUGAGCUGAGCUUAAAAGAUACAAGUGACAAGGUGCAGCUUUCUCUGCCGUUGCUUCUCUUUAUCUCUCCAAGUCCCUUCCGUACUCCAGGUUUCCACACUGGACUUGGGACCGCCAUCAAGAUCCCAUGUAUGAAUACAGGAAAGACGGAAUGUCUCGUGCAUAAGAGAAGAUGAAAAGGUUCAACUAAAUCUUUGUUCCAGCCUUAAUGCCAGUCACCCCUUUCAGAAAUGUCGAGUAGAGGGGCGUCCAUAAAACCACAAAGUAACUUAAACUCUGUUUACUAGCACCCGUUUUCGUUUGUUGAGAAGAGAUGUGUGCCACAUACUUGGUUUGGUGGCUACAGAAUACAGCGUGCUGCUUAACCCUCAGAGGAGACUGAUCCGGUUGGGAAAUUCAGAGCAGCUCCUCUUUCAAGCAGCCAGAAGCAGCAGUGGAGGGAGAUUAUGUUAAGUGCCACACAAGUGACAAGGAGAUCUGUGGCGUUUUCUCCAACUGAGCCCUCUGUGCCCACUGUGGUUAGAGUGGACACAUCCACUCUGCCAUCUUUGACACGCAGAAACUGAACAUCAGUGCUCCAGUAACCUACCCAUGAAAAGAGAUUCAGGUGGGAUUCACCCACAGAGGAGCCGCUCUGUUCAGAGCCAUCCCUGUGCUCCGUGGAGUCUAUGGGGAGUCACCCUGUUACUAGAAUUACUGACUUGACUCAGCUUCCUCUCUACAUUCUCUUGGCUCUGUCCCGGCUGUGAGGUCCAGAGCCAUCUCAUUCAGAGUGAGCUGCUUCACAAGCCCUAGGAAGGGAGGAGGGGACGGCAACCCAUUCCUUUGUAUUAUUGCCACUGGUGCUAUAAACACCAAGUGCUAUUGCUCACAGAGACCCAUGCAGGCAAGUUGGGGAGAAACAGAAAACCUAGAUGGAACUGAAAGCAGACAUGGAGAUCAGGACCCAGGAGAAGAGUCAGUCCUGUAUUUAAGAAUUCACUUUAUGAAGCAGUAGCAUUCAGUGUGGUGUUAAAUUAUAACGAAGGCAUGGAGUACCAGAGUGCUUUAUAUUUAGAUUAUAUUUUAAGUCAUGGUGCAUACUUGAGGGGGUUUAUUAAAAAUGAAAGUACUAACUUAAUGUCUACUAAGUUUAAUAAACAAAGAAUUUGGAAGUAA